AUUAUAUAAAUAUAUAAUAAGAAAAUAAUGAGAAUAAUAAUAAUUAUUUUUUAUCCCUCGCAAUUUUCGUCCCUUGCUGGUGUGGCCGCAGCGGCUACAGUCCCUGACCAGCGGACGGUCACUCUGGACGUGGACGUCAACAACCGGACUGACCGCUUGGAGUGGUGCAGCUGCUACUAUCAUGGCAACUUCUCCCUCGGUGCCGCCUUCGAGAUCAAGCUCCAUUGGAUGGCCGUCACCGCCGCCGUGCUCUUCGAAAUGGUCCAGGGCUGGCACCGGAAGGCGACUUCCUGCGGCUUCUUGCUGGUCCCUGUCCUAGAAGGUCCGUUCGCACUUCCAAGUUUCCUGUACGGCGACCCGCUCCGAGCGCAACUUUUCAUCCCCUUAAAUAUUGGCUGCUUGCAGAAAGAAGGCAGCGAGCAUCUCUUCGAUGGAUUCGAACCCGAGUCCUACUGGGACCGGAUGCACUUGCUCCAGGAGGCAAUCGCGCACCGUUUCGGGUUCAUCCAAGACAAAUACUCCGCCUCCACCUUCAACUUCCCUUCGGAUAACAAGCCCCAGUACAUCCAUGUCACCGGCACCGUCUUCCUCCAGCUUCCAUAUUCGAAGCGCAAGUUUUCCGGCCAGCAGCGGCGCCGGCGCAACUCUGCCAGUUCGGCGAACCAGAACGCAGCAUUUUGCGAGGAGCGCGUCGGAUACAACUGGGCCCACAACACCAUGCUGACCAAAACGUGGCGGUCGAGCGCAACGGGCGACGAGAAGUUCGCCCACCGGCUCCUGAAGGACUUUACGGACUUCUGUGCCAAUCGCGACAACCGGCUGGUCACCUUCUGGAACGCCUGCGUGGACAAGAUGCAUGCCAGUGCACCGUGAAGGUGGGCGCGGGUCGGCGUUCCUGUUAAUUGUCACCGAAAAAGAAAGAAAGCGAGCCUUAAUCGCAGCCGAAUGAGCAAAUUUAGCUUUACUUCUCUUUGUGUCUAUAUGUAAGAUAUAAAUAUAAAUAUAUACAUAUGUAAAUAUAUACGUUUACAGUAUUAAAGCACAUUUAAA